UUCCUAUAUGCCAACUUUGCCUCUUUAGUGGUUCCAUCUUUCGACGUUAUAUUGAAUUGAUAAUUGGUCACGUGAUAUUUCGUUAAAACUUAUACUUCAUAACUAUUGUUCAAAAUUAUGAAACCUGUCAAUUCUGUAAAUAAUGAAAAAUAUUGUUAUUAAUAUCAUGUAACAAGAAUGUUCCUUUUAAAAAAUUAUACAUAAAAAAAAUUAUAUUGCGAUAGAAAUGUUAACACCCCGUGAAUGAGGUUAGAGUUUUUAUAAAUUAAAAACCCGUCCAAUCUAGUAAAUUAUACAAAAUUUAUAAUACCAUAUUUGUAAUUAUCGAAGAUGCUAUCGUUAUAUAAAUAUUUAUUAUUAUCCUCCUCAUUGUCAUCCUUCGUUGACUUCUUUAAAAUAAUACAGUAUAAUGCUACGAAGUAAUCGAUUGUAUAACUUCUGAAAUAUAAUUCAUCAAAAUAACCUCAAAAUAAACAAUUGAACAAAUGUUUCUUGUAUAUAUGUGUAUGUGGGUGUGUCUAUAUAUAUACAUAUAAAGUUAUUUAACUUACAAGUAGUAUUGAAUUAAUUCGAUAUUGUAAGCCAUUUAAGACACUGUUACAAACAUAGUAAGUGACAAGUGAGGUUAGAGAAAGAAUUAGUCACGUGACUAUUCUAAAUACUCUUGCGAAACAACACAUACAUACUCACAACACAUAUAUGGUGAUAUUUCAUGACACCACACAGAGAACAUGGAAACUCAAUAAAUAUAGAUAGCUUAUAAACCCUAUCGAUAACAAACAGAAAGUUAACAGAUGCCUUCUUGAGUUAGAAUAGAAAUAUAUAAAAAAUGUGUAUACAUUAACGAUAAACAAAUUUUUUAAAUUACUAUUUUAUUUGAAGCAUCAUUUUGAUUCAUCAUAUACGUGUAUUAUUCAUUGACAGCAAUCUAUUGUAACAUUCUUAGGUUAUGUUGAUCUGUCAAAGUGUUUCUUUGUGUUUCGAUUAUUUGUCAAUAGAUAUAAAAAUUAAAAUUUAUAUAUAAAAUGGAAUGUGGACAUUUAAUUUUGAUUCCGAAGGUGGACAAUGUUGUAUUAAUUGACAAAAGUGAUGGUAAUAAUAAAAGUUUGGAAGGAACAUUAUGUAUUAGUAGCCAUAAUCUUAUCUUAUCAUCAAGACAAGGUGAUGAACAGGAAUUAUGGCUUAUAUAUAGGAAUAUCGAUGUAAUAGAAAAAAAAUUAAAUACUCAAAGUCCUGGAGGUAGUAUCAUAUUAAAAUGUAAAGAUUUUCGUGUACUUCAAUUGGAUAUUAAUUCUACCGACGAUUUAAUCAGCGUUAUGUUGUCUAUAGAAAGAUUAGCAUCAUUAGAACAAACACUUCAAUAUCCCUUUUUCUAUAGACCAAAAGCAACAAAUGUAAUACAAAUAGAAGAUGGAUGGACAGCAUUUGCUCCUGUUUCAGAAUGGUCUAGAUUAUUGGCUGCAUAUGCAGAUGAAUGGAGAAUCAGUUAUUUGAAUAUAGAUUACAAAGUUUGUAAUUCUUACCCAUCAGCUGUUAUAGUACCUAGACACAUAGAAGAUAAAGUUAUAAUAUCUUCUGCUAGUUUUCGAGAUGGCGGUAGAUUUCCUGUUUUAUGUUAUAGACAUGAAGGCGGGAGUGUUUUAUUACGUAGUAGUCAGCCAAUGUGCGGUGCUACUGGUAAAAGAUGUAAAGAAGAUGAAAGAUUAUUAAAUGCAGUUUUAGGUCCUGGAAGACGAGGGUAUAUAGUAGAUACAAGAUCUAUUACCCAAGCUCAAAGUUCAAGAGCUAAGGGUGGUGGUACAGAAAUGGAUGCUGCUUAUCCUCAAUGGAGAAAAGUGCAUAAAGCGGUGCCACGGCCUCAUGAUUUAGCAGACAGCUUUUUCAAAUUAAUAGAGGCUUGUAAUGAUGUAACUAGUUCUACAUCACAAUGGUUGUCUAGACUUGAAAGCAGUGGAUGGUUAACUGCCAUUCAAAGUGCUUUAAAUGCUGCUUGCGUAACUGCUCAGUGUCUUCAUCAGGAAGUUGCAGCUGUAUUAGUUCAUGGAAGUACAGGUAGAGAUUCAACAUUAGUUGUAACAAGUUUGGCACAAGCAAUAUUAAAUCCUGAUUGUCGUACCGUACGUGGUUUACAAGCUCUUAUAGAACGAGAAUGGUUACAAGCUGGUCAUCAAUUUUUUACUCGUACACGACAUGGACCAUAUCAUCCUUCUCAUUCUCAAAGUCCAACACAUGCUCCAACAUUCUUACUUUUUCUCGAUUGUCUUUACCAGCUUUAUUAUCAAUUUCAAUUUAGUUUCGAAUAUAAGGUGGAUUUAUUGAUAGAAUUGUAUAAACAUAGCUACUGUUCAGAAUACGGAACAUUUUUAGGUGAUUCAGAAGCAGAAAGAGUUCAACUUCAAUUGUCUGAACAUACUUAUAGCUUAUGGUCCUACAUGAAUCAACCAGAAGUAUUAGAAAAAUGGUUAAAUCCUUUGUAUGAUCCAAAUCCUGGAGUUAUUUGGCCUAGUGUUGCACCUAUCAGUAUUCAAUUAUGGAAAGAACUUUACCUUGCACACACCAGUGCUUCGUCCUGGAAUGGUGCUCUUUCUUGUGCAAAACAAAUAAAACAGAAUCAUUUAGCUGUGAAAAAAGUAGCUGUCCAGUUACAUGCACAAAUUAAACGUGCAUUAGAGGAAAUUCAAGAAGAUCCUGAUAUGUCUUUCGAUUUUGAUAUUCAGGAAGAACACACUCUUGUAGCACAAUUAAGUUUAGAAUCGCAAAGCACUUGAUAUAAAUUAUAAUGAUCUGAGAAGAAAAAAAAAAAAAAAGAAAACUUCAUAUUGUCCUAAUAUUUUGUAAAUUUAAUCUUAUCUGAUAUAAUGUUAAUGAAUAAGUAAUUGUCACAUUUGCAAAUAGAUCCAUAUUCAUACCUCAUUAUACAAUCAUACAAUUAUAUUUAUUUAAUUAAUAUCUUUUUUACACUUUGAUUAUUUCUGAAAUAUAGUUUAUUAUCUUUUAUGAAGAUUUUAAAAAAGAAAUAGGUAUGAGCGUGGCUCUAAAAAGAACUUUCCGUAAUAUAAAUAUAUGAACAUUUUAGCAAUAUAUUUGACAAUUAUAUUGUAAACUUUAUAAUAUUUAAAAGGUCUUCAUAUUUAAUGUACUUAUCUAUGCAAAAAAAAAAUAAUUAGGGAAACGACAAUGGAUUAAAGGACAAACGAAUUGUGAUAUUUUAAAUAUCAUUUUAAUUUUAUAAUACGUACAUAACAAAAUUUAGUAAUCGCUUAUUUUUUUUUUUGUUUUUUUUUUUUUUUGUUUUUCAACGAAACAAAUAACAUUUUGAUUGACAAAGUUACACGAAAUAUAUACAUAUAUAUAUAUAUAUAUAUAUAUAUACAUAUACAUAUACAUAUACAUAGUUAUUAAUAAAGUAGUAAAACGUAUAAUCGUCCUUCAAAUUAUUUAUUUGAAGGUACGUAGUAUAGUAGUACAAAGUUUUAAGAAUAUAAGCAAGUUUUUACCGUUAUUUCGGUGGGAGAGGUUAAGGGGGUAGGAUUGAUGUUUCGAAGGGAAAGGGGAGAAGAUUGGAGGGGAACACGGCAGGUGUUCAUACACAAAGAAACUGAAAGGAAUCCCACGGCCAUCGGCUUGAGUUGUGAGAAUCUUUCGUUUACGUGUUAGAUCUCCUGAUGUUAUCUCGGGAAGAAUCAGACACCACUAACUCCGUCAGCAGUCACAACGUAGAAUGAUGCGUUUGUAAACGGUGUUAUGGUAGAAAUUAUGGUAGGGGAAUCGAGAGAAGGGGACUUGGAGGUUUACCCUCCCUACUUCUUCGACCAGUAAACCCUUAGAAGUGGGAGAAAGGCUCCUUCAGAAUCACACAAAGAAAGAUUUACACGGAACGUCUCGCUUGGAAUUAAAUGAUAUUGCAGACAUUGUGAAAUCAUUAUAGAGUGUAUGUCUUUCAGUCUGAAGUUACUACAUUAAUCUUUAAAUUCGUUUCAUUUAUUUAAAUAUAUAUACAUAUUUAUAUCGAAAUUUUCCUAAUAAUUUUAACACACGGUUCACAUCAAGAUCAAAACUUUAAUAUUCUGGAAAAAACAAUAUUAAAUAUAUUUGUUGGAGUGUGUGAAACAUGUAUAUAAACAUACAAGUUUUUCGUUGUUUACUUAUUUCUCUCUCUUUCUCUCUCUUUCUUUACGUAAAGUAAAUAAUGACUAGAAUUAUCACUAAGCAUGUUAAAAGCAUACCACAGAAUAAAAUAAAUCCAUCUUGACGA